AUAAAUAAAUUUUUUUGAAAAAUCCUCAGCUAAUCCUCACCUAAGCUCUCAGCAUAUCCAGCUCCGCAUCUUCACUCAAGCCGGGGAGAGGGAAAGAGGAAAGGGGGGGAGGAAAGGAAAAAAAAAAACCAACAACUUAGCGGAAACUUCUCAGAGAAUGCUCCAAAAGCCAGCAGUGUUUCUGGUGCUGGUGAUCAGUGUGUCUGCAACCCACGAGGCGGAGCAGAAUGACUCUGUGAGACCCAGGAAGCCCCGAGCGGCAGCUCAGAACUCAGCUGAAGUGGUUCGCUGCCUCAACAGCGCUCUGCAGGUUGGCUGCGGAGCUUUUGCAUGCCUGGAAAACUCCACGUGUGACACAGACGGGAUGUAUGACAUCUGUAAAUCCUUCUUGUACAGCGCUGCUAAAUUUGACACUCAGGGAAAAGCAUUUGUCAAAGAGAGUUUAAAGUGCAUCGCCAACGGGGUCACUUCCAGGGUCUUCCUCGCCAUUCGGAGGUGCUCCUCCUUCCAGAGGAUGAUUGCGGAAGUGCAGGAAGAAUGCUACAGCAAGCUGAACGUGUGCAGCAUCGCCAAGCGGAACCCCGAAGCCAUCGCGGAAGUUGUACAGCUGCCCAACCACUUCUCCAACAGAUACUAUAACAGACUUGUCCGCAGCCUUCUGGAAUGUGAUGCUGACACAGUUGUCACAAUCAGAGACAGCCUGAUGGAGAAAAUUGGACCCAACAUGGCCAACCUCUUCCACAUCCUGCAGACGGACCAAUGUGCCCAUGCACACCCGAGAGCUGACUUCAACAGGAGGCGCACCAACGAGCCACAGAAGCUGAAAGUCCUCCUCAGGAACCUCCGAGGUGAGGGGGACGCUCCCUCCCACAUCAAACGCACCUCCCAUGAGAGUUCAUAACCAGGGAGAGGUAUUCCCAGCCUCCCCAAACUAAUAACAUUUUAGGAGUGUUGACACACCAACUUUGAGUGUACUGUGCCUGGUUUGAUCUUUUUUUUUUUCUUAAGUAGUUCCUAUUUUCUAUCCCCCUUAAAGAAACUGCAUGAAACUAAGCUUCUGUAAUCAGUACCCCAACAUUCUGCAGUGGCAGCAUUCCCACAAACAGAAUCCACGUGAUCAUUCUGCCUCUCUUCCCGAGAACGUACCCUCUUUCAUCCCAUUCCUCUAUGAAGUCUUUUCCUGGCUCUCCACCAACUACCCUCACACACAAAACAUUCAUGUAACUGCCCCAGUCAUUGUAAUUUGAUGAUGUGGAGCCCUUUAGAAUGGUUGCCCAGUAGAGUUAGCUGAUAUGAAACAACUUUAUUUAAAUGCAUGUCUUAAAUACUCAUAAAGAUGUUAAAUGGAAUUUCGUGUUAUGAAUCUGUGCUGGCCAUGGACGAAUAUGAAUGUCAUGUUUGAAUUCUUGAUCUCUAAUGAGCUAGUAGUGUCUUAUGGUCUCAGUCCUCCAAUGUCUAAUUUCCUUUCUGACAUACUUACCAAAUUGCUCAAACCUGGUCCCUCCUGCCAGACGUUGAGCCAGCAUCUUCUUGCAUCUAAUGAAAAACGAAAACAAAAGCUAACAUCUUCGUGUACUGUAACUGCUCAGAGCUUUAAAAGUAUCUUUAACAAUUGUCUUAAAACCAGAGAAUCUUAAGGUCUAACUGUGGAAUAUAAAUAGCUGAAAACUAAUGUACUGUACAUAAAUUCCAGAGGACUCUGCUUAACCAAGCAGUAUAUAAUAACUUUAUUGCAUAUAGAUUUAGUUUUGUAACUUAGCUUUAUUUUUCUUUUCCUGGGAAUGGAAUAGCUAUCUCACUUCCAGAUAUCCACAGAAAUGCUCCUUGUGGCCUUUUUUUUAUAACUAAGGGGUUAGAAGUAGUUUUAACUCAACAUCAGAAUUUUAAGACGGGCCUAUAAAAGAUAGAAAAACCCAGCAGGUUUAUCUGAAGGACCCCAGGUAAGAUGUUAAUCUCCCAGCCCACCUUAGCCCAGAGGCUACACUUGACUUAGAUGUAUGCUGAAGCAGUUCUGUCACAUCCAACUGUGAGUUACAGGAACUAAAAAGAUCAUCCCUUUGGGCUUCGGCCACUGAGUGUGACAAGGCCCACUGUACUGUGGAAGUGACAGUUCUUAACUUAGCACCUUCCAUCAGUGCCAGGCACUCUGAUAAAUGAUGAUGGGGUGGGAGAUUUUUUUUUUCCACUAACCCAAUCAGGAAUGAGUCAAUCAGCCUUUGGGUCUUGAGUCCAGGGGGACUUGGGGCCGAGGGAGGAUAAAUAACCCUGGGCUGUCCAGCCUUAAUAGACUCCUCUUACAUUUUUGUCCUGUAGCACGCUGCCUGCCAAAGUAGUCCUGGCAGCUGGAUCAUCUCUGUAGGAUCUUAAAAAAAAAAAAAAAUAGAAAAAAAGCAAAAAAAAGAAAUAUAUAUAUAGAAUGAAGGAGCGCAUAAGAGCUGGUGGUUUGAUCAUUUCUACCACGAUGUUUACAAGAUGGUGACCACCAAAGCCAAACGAUUAACCUGUCUAUGAACAACAGUAGUUUCUCAGGGUCAUUGUCCUUGAACCCAAUAGCCCCUUACGAGUGUCACUGCCCACCCAAAGGUCAAUGCUAAGAGAGGAAGGAGGAGGAAGGGUAGUUCUGCAGGGGCCCGCUCCAGACUUGCUUGGGUGGAAACUAUUGGUGCUUGACUCCCACUAGGCUAAACCCUAGAGUUGACCAAAUCGAGCGAAAGGGUCCCUGGGUGGGAGGAGGGAGAGCACCUCUCCAGGAAAAUGAAAAGCAAUACAACUUUACCAUAAAGCCUUUAAAACCACUAACGCGCUGCUCCAGGACCGAGACCAACUGCGGCAGCCCCGGCAGCAGCAGCCCGGGCACACGCGUUGCCGCCUUCGCCCCCACACAGCCUCUCCGCGUGCUGACAUCGGAUUGUUAAGGGCAUUUUUAUACUUAGAACUGUCCCAUCCCCAGGUCCCAAACAAAUGGACACUGCCUUAGCCUCUUGGAAAUCAGGUAGAGUGUAUUCUAAGCUAGACUCGCCCCUCUUUCCCCCCAACUUCCCGCCCACCCCAGGCAAGGCUGACUUCCUGAAUCAGAAAAGCUAAUCAAGUAUGUGUGUUUUGUCCAUCUUUGCAAACCCACGAAGCCGGAACCCAAAGUGACAAAGUAGUUUGUGAGGAUUCCUAGCAAAAUGCUUAUUUAAGUCCAGUAGAUUCUCUCUCUCCCUCUCUCUCUUUUCUCUACUUUCUUUUUCUUUUUGCUAUGACCUCUUUAAACCGUGGUACCCCCUUCCUGCCCCCACAGUGAUAUUUAUGUAUGUAUCUAUAAUACACAUAUCAACACACACAGAAAGAUGCGUUGUGAGCACAGCGUCGCUGGUCUUUUGGUUCUCUCCCCCCUCUCGCUCCCUGGGACUCUUCCUUAAACGUCCAAAGCUUUGCCUUCAGUUUGCCGCCGAGUGGCCCUGGGCUACCUAGACCACUUUGCAUGAUUUCCUCUGUCGUGAUUUGGUUGCACUUUAGACAUUUUUGUGCCAUUAUAUUUGCAUUAUGUAUUUAUAAUUUAAAUGAUAUUUAGGUUUUUGGCUGAGUACUGGAAUAAACAGUGAGCAUAUCUGGUAUAUGUCAUUAUUUAUUGUUAAAUUACAUUUUUAAGCUCCAUGUGCAUAUAAAGGUUAUGAAACAUAUCAUGGUAAUGACAGAUGCAAGUUAUUUUAUUUGCUUAUUUUUAUAAUUAAAGAUGCCAUAGCAUAA